AUGCCGGGCGUUUCUAUAUUUAAAGAUGUUCCCCUUGUCCCGACAGACCAUGUCUUUCACGUUAACCAACAAUACAAGGACGACACAAAUCCAAACAAAGUAAAUCUGGGGAUAGGAGGUAAAGUUUCUCUUUAUUUUUGUGGAAAGUCGGGUCUUAAAUUCUGACCGUCACGCGUUUGAUCCGACUGAGUAUGUACCCGUGAUCUGGAGUCGUUGUUUACAGUCGUUUACUAGUCUUUACUAGGUCGUCGUUUUCUAGGUUGUCGUUUACUAGGUCGUCUCUUUCUAGGUCGUCGUCUUCUAGGUUGUCGUUUUCCAGGUCGUCGUUUUAUGGGUCGUACACGUAGGUCUUCCUUUUCUAGGUCGUCUUUUUCUAGACACCCGUGAUAUAAUGGACGUGGCCAACCUCACAAAUUCAUAUUUUUACCUUUUUCUCCUGCUAUUUUAGCUUAUCGUGACGACGAUGGAAAUCCCAUGGUGUUGUCCGUUGUAUCCAGGGUUGAAAAACAGCUGGCUGAGGAAAUCGCAGCCAAAACGUUGAAUCAUGAGUACUUAUCCAUCGACGGUUUAGGGUCAUUUACUCAGGCUGCCUGUAAACUUUGCCUGGGAGGAGACAGCCCCGCUAUAGCAGAAAACAGGGUACGUUACAUUUUUAUAAGUUCAUCGUGUGUGAAUAGCGAUAGCCUUUGACGAGGAAAAUCUCAGAUGCCAUAUUCCGACCUAAAAAGUUACAUAAUAACAUACCUUAUUAUAGGAAAUUAACACUCCAUAAAAUUAACGCGAAUCGUUAAAAUUCGCGUUAAUUUAAGUCGCAUUAAUUUUGUUGAGCGUUAAUUUCCGCGACGUUAAUUUAAUGAAGUACAGCGUUAAUUUCCGCGCUCUUAAUUUCCAGUAUUUUAACCCAAUUCUCAUUUGUUGCCCCUAUUCAUUUCCUUCAGAAGUAGUGGGGAGAAGUUGAUGAAAUAUCAAGCAAAUUCAUAAAUUGUGAUCAUGUCCGUAUUUGUCAUGACCACUCCGUUUUACAAAGCAUUGAUAUUACAAGGAGAAAUUGGAUGCUGAUCACUCUUAGGGCGUAAAGGGUUAACAUGGCCCAUUUUGAUGUUGCUCGUGUUUCCGGAAGAAGCGGCAACAGACACAUAUUUGCAGAUAAUUUAUUUGAUAUUUUAUUGUGUUCUGAGUUGGAAAUUAUAGGCUUCCUCCAUGAGGCAAAGCAAUGGACAAGUAUUUAAGUUAAUUGUCUCAGUCAAUCAACUACCCCAGGCCACUCCGAACCCCUGUUCGUUUGGUAUCUUUUGUUGCAAAAUUCUGGUGGAAUCCCGGAAAAUACUUAUUAUUUUUAGGAAUCAAAUGCACUAGGAAUUUAGGCAGUGCCUUAUAUUACUGGAUAAUUUGCUAAUUGCACUGCCAUGAAGGUUUCAAUAUUUUAUGAUGUGCACAUUGCCAUUUCCAAUAUUGUUUUGGAUCCUUGAAUAAGAUGUGUUUGGGACUGUGAAUACAAUAUCUGACAUCAUUAAUGGUUAUACCUUUUUGAGAUGGAAAUGAGUCACAACAGCAUAGUUACGAGUGUUUGUCUAGUUGAAUUGCAUUUUAAGUAAAUGACAAAGCAGCACAAAAAAGUUGCAAAAGUUAACCAAAAAAACACAUGCAAAGAUUAGCAGGAUCAUUGUGGAGCUCAAGUGCAACAAUACGGUGUAUCUUGUAUUUGGGUUCUGUUGAUGUCUAUAGCAUGUUUGUUUUUUUGUAUUAUUGUUAUGUGGUAUUAAAGACUAUGCUCCAAGGGGAAUUGCAGUAUUGAUUUCAAUAUUGUGUGGGUACCUAAAUUAAAAUGUAACACAUUGCAAAAGUAGGUCUCUAAAGACCCUGAUGCACUGCUAGAUAGGGUUUAUCAGAUUAUGCCUGCAUGAUAUUGAACGUGAUACUAUACUUGAAAAAUAGAACGUAUAUUCUGGUUCAACACUUGUCUCGUUUUUAAAUAUGAUCGGAUGUUGUACAUGUAUGGUAGUUCUUAAAACUGUAUGCUUAUUCCAGCUACACCAGCUACAAUGUACAAUGUUGACAAAUGUACAUUCGUAUAUGGACCUGUAUAGAUUACAACCUCAUAUUUCCCAGGGUCCUCUCCUACUCCUGUCCCCUGCUAGUAAGGCUGAAUACUUUCAACAGUCCCUCAGAUGACUUUUACACAUGAAGACUCAUGACCUGUGCAUUUUGGCAUUAUGCCAGGCUUUCAAGGACAGUACAUGUACUUGAUGUUAAUUGCAUUAUAUUCUCUUAGACCCUUCUGAUGGUGAAUAGCUCUGAUGAGUUUGUUAUUGGCUGUGGAUUUUAAUCUUUCUUAUCCACAUGCCGGUGAUUGUUUGGUUGACAGGUGUGUGGAGCUCAAGGUAUUUCUGGUACUGGGAGUCUUCGUCUUGGAAUGGAGUUCUUGAAGAAGUUUCAUUGCUCAGAUGUGGUGUAUCUUUCUAAACCCACGUGGGGUAAGUUUCUGUGGCAGAGUUUUUUUUUUGCAAUCUUGAAAACAAGAACAACUCCCAAGGCACCUAGUUGAACUAAAGAUUAAGGUGGAUUGAGCGAAUUUCUAAGAGGUUAUAAUUACAGUGUACAAUGUAUAUCAAUAUGUUGUAGUUAUUUUUUUAUUUUCUUUAAUUUUUGUUUUCCCUUUUGUUUUUGGAUAUGGCAAUGUACAUGUAUGCUAAUGAAUUUGAAGCGAAGGAGAAACAAAAAAUAACUGAAAGAAAAAAUUAACUACAAUGUAUAUUAAAAUCUGAACAACCACAGUAAUUGGCCAUUAAGGUAUUAGCACUUUUGGUUUGGAAAUGCAACUUCGUCUCAUACAAUGUAGUAGUCAUUUCAUGCAGAUACAUGUAUGUGUAAGAAGACAGACAGCUUUAGCCAAAUUGUUGUGAUAUCGAAAUACAUGUACAUUUUCAUGUGCAUGUAUGUUUAAUAUUUUUAGUAAUAUUGUGUUGAGGGGCUCUUUUAAGUUAUGUGUACGGUGUAGUGUUUUCUAUGGGUUAUGUUAAAAUAAAAUAUUAUGGAUGCCUACUUGUAAUUUUUUUUAUAUGAAUUCUCGAGACAUGUAUUAUCGUUUUUAUGGCCUUUAAGUCUCCAGUUCAUUGAAACUUAAUAAUACAAAAGAAAAGAGGGCCUCCAAUGGCCUUUUUUCAUUGGAAAUUUUGUGUUGACCAUCAAGUGUCCCUCAUUACUCUUGAGUAUGUAUAUAAGACUGUAUUAACAUGAACAACAAAAACUACUACAUGGUGUAUUAAUUUUAUUGUUAAAUCAUUCUGUUUAUUUCAUAAUUUUAUGAUGCAUGUGAUAGUUAAUAAUGCCAGGGUUUGCAAAUUUUAUUGAUGAGUGGAGUCAGUGUGACUUCUGCUUCACAAAUUUUGGAGUCAUUUUGGAAUAUUUGGAGUCAAGUACCACAAUGAAAAACGCCAUUUUCAGACUUGCCAGACGGUCCUGGCAAGUGGCUCCCUGUUUGUUACCGAAAAUUUCUGGAGUCGAAGUGACUCCCUCCGUAACCUCCAUGGAGUCAUCUGAACAAUUUUGGCGUAAAAUACUCCAAAUUUGGCGUAUUUGCAAACCCUGAAUGCUGUUUGUGGGAAAAGAACCUUGGAGACAGUAUGCAUUGUGUAGUAGGAGACUUUCAGUGGUGUGACACUAGGUACAUUUUGAAGGUCAAAAAAAAAUAAUUUUGUCCUACAACAUACAUGUACAUAUACACUCAUACAGUAUGUCUAUUAUGCUUGUGUCAAUGUGAAUAUGUUAAUAAUAUAAACCAGUCUUUAAUGUAUGUGUACAUCAGUUUUGUGUGAUCUUGUUUAGGGAACCAUAAAAAGAUGCUGCUUGGUACUGGCUACAAAGCUGAAAAUAUUAAAGAAUACCGUUACUUUGAUAGUGCUUCAAAAUCAUUGGACUUCAGUGGAAUGUGUGAAGAUUUGAAGGUUAUCAUGAAAUCAUUAUUUAUUUUAAACAUAAUAACAUUGUAUCAUGCACAUAAACUGCAAAAUUACUGGAUGCAUUAAACCCAUUGACAAUAGUUUAUAGAUGGGUGUGGGGAAGGAGCCUGGUAAAAAUGAAGGGAGCUGCAAGCAAGUCUAGAAGGUAACCAUGACAACCCUUAAGUUUCAGAAGUUUGGGCCCUGUUUAACAACAAAAAACUGCGUUCAAAAUGUUAAGUGUAUUAACAGAACCUUACAGGAAUAGCCCACAAAAGUAACCUAUAACAGAACAUGGUUUGCUUUACUGAUAAAAUAGAUGCAUUAUUAAACAAUUUACAAUUGUAUUGUAAGUUGCAUUACAAACCAGGUUUCAGUGUAAUUUGAUCAAUUUUCAGAAUGCUCCAGAAAACUCUAUUAUCCUGCUUCAUGCUUGUGCACACAAUCCCACUGGAGUGGACCCUAACCAGGACCAGUGGAAGGAGAUUGCUGAGAUUAUGAAGGUAUCUGGAGAUAAUCCUUGCUCCAAGAAACAAGAGUUAGUCUUUCAGUGUGCCUUUUUUCUUAAUAAAACUAUUAGAUUUCUAACAGGAUUGUUGAGCAGGCUUUGAUGAGCAAGUCGUAUGUCAUUUUAAAAAAGAUGCUUUCGCUGCAGUCACCAUCAUCCUUGCUAAAGUUCGUUAUUAUAGAGAAGGAGAAGUGUGAUGUCAUGUUACCAAGGUAGGAAAAUUUCUGAAUCACACAAAUAGGGAGCUUAAGAAACGAUGACAGCAACAAGAACGGCAAACAAGCAACAGGUUUACAGUGUGUAUAUAAACAAAAUAACAACUUUGCAUGGCAUCACGUUUUUUUGUACAUUUCUUAGUCAUCACUGUCCGACUGUGGGCCAUGAAACUUCCUAAUUUCACAUGCCCACUUAUGGAAUUGGUGAACACAACACAAAUGUUUGUUUUUCUUUUUCGUAACCUAGAUACGGUCCUUUUGUAUUCAACCCCAGAAAAUUUUGCCAACAUUUGACAAAUUAAAUGAAAUUGAAUGAGAUCAAUGAAGUUUGAAACAGUGCAAAUCCACUUUUCAAGUGAUGUUUUCAGUUUGUUGUCAUUCAGAAAUUUUGCUACCAUGGCAACGUGACGUAACGACUUCUUCUCUCUAUUGUCAUGAGAACUUCAACUUCCUCGAACCUGUUUUUACUGACAGCUACAUGUAUGAUUAGUGUAGUAUAAUUUGUUAUAGGAUGGUCUUGAUAAUACUGUAAUAUAUUUUGUGUUUCCUCUCAGAGACAAAAUCUAUUUCCACUAAUUGACAUGGCUUAUCAAGGUUUUGUGACUGGUGAUCCUGAUAAGGAUGCCUGGGCUGCUCGUUACUUUGUUAGCCAAGGAUUUGAGGUCUUAAUUGCACAGUCCUUUGCAAAGAAUUUUGGUCUAUACAGUGAGUAGUAUUUUGGUGUGGAUUCUCUGUGUUAUUAAAAUAUUUACUUGCAAGUGGAAUGUUUGUAUGUUGUAGGCUCAUGUAACAAUAUCUGCUCUCAUGUUAAAUCCGGGUUUUCCUUUGUUUCUUUUGAAUAAUUCAGAUUAGGAAACAAUAAUUCUUAAACUUAGAAUUAAAAGGAAAUUCUGAAUCAAAGUAGGCUAAAUACUGAUGUAACCCGAGAUCGAUUUUACCUGCAACACUCUUUUCCUUUGCUAACCCACUAAUCCUGAGGUCUUGUACACAGGCUAAGUUGUGAGCAACAAGAAUGCAUUUCUUGUAAAUUGCAGAUGAAAGGUGCGGCAAUCUCUGUGUGGUGACAACUGAUAAUGAAACAGCUGAGAAGAUUCGCAGCCAACUCAAGGCGAUCAUUCGUCCCAUGUGGUCCAAUCCACCCAAUCAUGGAGCUCGUAUUGUAGCAACUAUCCUGAACCAAGACGCCUUGAAUACUGAAUGGUAAGUUAAAUCAAUCAAAAGUGAAAGGCGUCUUCUGUCAUACAUGUCGAGGUAGUUGUACGUAAAACCUAAAAGUGCAUUUUUUUUGUGGCUUAAGGCCCACUAACGUCCCUUAUUUUAUCGUAAGAUCGUCAGGAUCGAGCGCCAACCGAUACGAGCGGCCGUCAUGGUUUCUUAUGUACCGAGGGGGUAGGCGUCGGGGUUUUAUAGCGGUGUGGGGAGGUAGGCGAAAGAUGGCCGCUCGUAAUACAAAGUGCUCGAUUUCGACGAUCUUACGGAAAAAUACUGUUGGGGACUGUGAACAGUCUAGAUGUCGGGCUAUUAAAUGUGGUCAAUCUAAGCACCAGGCUUUUCUGAAAGAGGGAUGGGGAGAAAAAAGAAACGAAACGAGGAAGCCUUUUCAAAUCCCCUCUCAACUAACACCUAAAGAUGACCUGAAGCACCCUUGCUUGCACCGCGCGUCCAAACAUUGAUCUGAUGGCUGUUCAAACAUGGCUAACACGUUGCGGCAUUGUGCAUUAAGCAAAGGAAAUAUUGGAAAAUGUUGAAUGUCAUCACUCUUAUAUGUACAAUACUGACCCAGCAUCAUCCAACCAGCGACCUCUGGCUCAAGACAUCGGACAUUUCUGAUCGUGUUCUUGCAGUCACAGCAAAGAAAUGCAUAAAGAUUUGUUGUUUUGUCAAAAUAUUAUUUUACUAUAGUUAAUUAAUUUGAUUGCUUUUUUUACUUUCACGCUCCCAUCGCCAUUGUCGUUGAUUACGCUCCCCAUUCUUCGUAAAGGAGUGUUACAUGACAACAGAAUGAGUAGCUGUUUUCCCAGUGAUGUCCUUUUAUGAUUUAGCCAGCGAACUGCAGACGUACUUCCGGUCGUCGCCCCUCUCCCUCGGAAAGGAGGAGGGUGAGAAGCGACGACCCGAAGUACGUCGGCAGUUCGCAGGCGAAGGGGUCAUCUGUAAUUGACUUUGCGAGUGAAAGAUUACCUGAGUUAAUAAUUAAAAGUUAAUUUGCCGCUUUGAGAGUUCAGAAACAGACGAUAUGAACGUUUGCCCUUCAUCAGAAUAGGCAUGUUAAGCAAAUUGGACAACCAACGUAACGUGAGAACGCGAAAACGUGCGAAAAAGGAAUGAAUGCGACUUACAGCAGUGCUAGAUAUUUUGGUGAUCUCAGAGUUGUCUCAAGCCUCUGCUUCAAGGCGAGGCUAAGUGCAAAGUCAUUGACAGCAAAUGAAACUCAUUUUCUCGAGUACGUUUUGCUCUUAGUCUCGUUUUGGAAAAACGAAUUUGCCGUUCUGCCGUCGUGAUGCAAGAUCACAGUUGAAAGUGAAGUGCUUUCUUAGGGCGCUUUUUAUUUGUCAGAACUAGCUGGUCGGACCAUAGCCGGACCAGUCAUUUUGACGAUGAAAUCGGCUUCUUCCAGGGGUUUUCACUGAUAACCCAUCUCCUUCCUGCACACUAUUUAGGAUUUGCCUAAUCUGGCCGGAUAGUUUUGAUUAAGAGUGAAAUUCUCAUUACGACGGGAAGGGUCUGGCCGGUCAGUUCUGAUGAAUGGAGAGCGCCCCAAGGCUAUGUUUGCACCAUACCGCAUAGUUUUUCUUGCCCACACGAAAAGCUAUCAGUUUUAGUAUGAACACCCAUCCGAAAUGUGACUCUCUACUUUAGAGAUUGACGCGGUGCAGCUUCGCUCGGUUUCAAAAGUAGCGCCGAAAUCACCGUUCUUUUGUGUGGUCAGUAGCCCUAUCAGGUCUUACUUUCGAAUCAGGCGCAAAAGCUAUCCGGAGUACAGUGAAGACAGCUUAAGACUCUUGUCUUACUGAUUUGUAGGCGUGAAACAUUGAAGUCAAUGGCUGGACGCAUUCUCAAUUGCCGAAAACUCCUUCACGAGAAACUGAGAUUACUGGGAACACCAGGCUCAUGGAAUCAUUUGGAAGAUCAGAAGGGAAUGUUUGGAUUCACCGGCUUAAGUGGUGAGUAACUAGUACUAAUUGAGGCGCACGCGAAAUGGGUAAUAAGAAGUGUUAUUAUUAUUAGGUAUUUCUCUCAUGUUAUAUUGAAAACUGUAAAAACAACCAACAUGUUUUGCUGUCGUGCUCACUUUUCGUCCGGUCAGACUUGCACGAGCAUUGAUCACUAGAAAGGUUAUUUCCUACAAGGCAACCUUUGGUCACGUCGCGUGAAAGACAGUGGGGACUUUAAGGUGGUUUUACACGAGACCAUUCGCAACGACGAUUUUUAGCUCAACAAAGCGUUGCAACAUUGUUGCGACCGACAUUUUUUCGAGUGGUUACAACAUUGUUCCAACAUUGCAACGCUGUGUUGCACUAAAAAUCGUCGUUGCGAAUCUUUCCGUGUAACAUCACCUUUGCGAUCGGACGACGCGACGGCAGCGAAAAUGUCGCUUCUAAAAUGAGUUUGCAUUCUUCCGGUCUUUAUCGCGAUUUUUCCAAAUCACUUACUUUGUCAAAUGUAGGCGAACCCUCCAGGAGUUGAAUUUCUAAGAACUAUAUUCAAGUUUGGAGAAAGAAUAAAAUUUCGUCGUCGAUCAUUUAUGUCCUCCCUAAAAAGUAAAAUCAGGCAAUUUCACGUCGUAGUCGUGUAAAACGGCAAAGAAAUGUACAAAAAAGUGAGAUGCACGUGCAUAGCUGUUGUUUAAUCCACUAAACCUGUUGCUAUUUUUGACGUUCUCGUUGUCGUCGUCGUCGGAUCGUAUAGUCCCUAUUAAUAGAACGUAACGCUAUCGUGCUCUCGUUUUCUGUUUUCUUUUUCGCGCAGCAUUCGCACCUAUCGCUGUUAAGGGGAGAUAUUUCUGUCGAUUCAAUGAUUAUUUUCUAUUUAUAUUCACGACUACAAGAAGGGAAUGGGUGUACAGCUCGGACUGUGAGCCUGAGUGUUUAUUGCUGUCCGAAUAACAUAAAAAGUUCAACAUCAUAACGAAAGAAUGGUAUACAAAUAUUCGAAAACCCAAAAACUCAAUGGGAAAAAUUGGGAACGUAUUCCCAAACCAAUGCACAACCCUUGGGGGUUAAACGUAAAAUCAAUGAUAGAUAAAUAAAGUAAGAUAUAAGAAAUAAAAGUUGAAAGUUCAAGAGCUGAGAUGAAUCCGUUACAACUGUCAAACCUUUUAUACCUUACAACAAUAGAGUCAAUUAACACCAUAACUGCUCACCUGCGUUCAUUGCAUGCCACUUUGUUUAGCUCCGUACCAAGUAAUCCGCUGGUCAAUUUUUUCAUGCUUUGUUUGCGCAUCAUUGUACACGCAUUUAUCACGAUGACAUGGGACCACAGGCAGACCACCCUCUGUUUGUGCGGCCGUUGUUUUGAAAGAAAUACAGGUGAACAUUACGGCGGCUACAAUUAUGAACUGGCACCAGAACUUGCCAUGCCAUAUGUACGAAAGUUGAAAAAUUGUUCUUUAAUCAUUUUGAAAUGACGAUAUUGUGCAUUGGUAAUUCUAUUUUAAAUACCUCUCUGACUAUUUUGUUUUGACUGGACAUUAACUGGACUGCGAUGAAUUUUGGAGUUUAAGCUGAUUUUCUGAUUUCGCCACGACCUUAAAUAGAAAUAUGUUCAUACUCUCUAUAUUAACUAAUCGGAUUUUUACUGAUGUAAGACUAAACUUUUAAAAUGAUCAAGAUUGACAGCCUUCGAAUCCAUGGAUUACAACAAAUUUUGUCAGAGAGACAUUCGAGUGAGAGAUUAGGUUAGAGCUCUUCCCUUUAACUUGUGUUUUUGAAUGAAAUAUAAAAUUUGUUUAACUGAAGAAAGAGUGUACUUCCUUGUGAAGCCUAUCAAAAAGAGCUUGUCCCCGACAAGCGGUUCAGUUAUUUGUAACAUUUGGACUAGGAAUUGCGCAGGUGUAAACCAACAAAAUCAGUCAGUUACUUAGUUUUACAUCCUUUUCAGUGGAUCAAGUGAGGCUUUUAACCCAAAAGCAUCACAUCUAUCUUCUGAACAGUGGUCGUAUUAACGUUUGUGGCAUAACCCACAAAAAUGUCGAUUAUGUUGGCCGAGCCAUUCAUGAUGUUGUGACAAAUACCAGUGCUCAUCUCUAGUGGGUUGUCACUCAGGCAUACCUCGUUCGCAUUGUAAGUUUUGUUACUUUGAAAUCUUUGUUAUUAUAGUGAGCAGUCUUCACAUUUUUGCAUUAUGGAUUAUCGGGCAAGGUGUACAUGUAUUAUCCCUUACAAGGCAGUUGCAAAGUGCUAAAGACUUUUAAAAAGAUAUUUAAAAGUUUUAUCCAGCACAAAUGCUUUGCUACCCUGUAGUUCGUUGCUUGUUCCUUUCAAAUGAGUGUGAAUGAAUUUUGAAUUUUGAUCCACGACCCCUGUCUGUUUUUUCCUUGGCGUCUCAGAUUGGGCAAGUCAUGAACGACACGUUGGCCUCAUUCUUUUUCUUUGUCCCUAUUACAGCAAGCUUCAUACAAUUCUUAAAACAAUACGGAAACCGCUGUAAAAAGGCUUCUUUUUACUUGUGUGGACACUUACUUGGUGGGGACUAAAUCCUGAUGUGCCAUUUUCGUCUUAUUUUCUCCGCAGUCAAGCAAGUAGAGUUUCUGGCCAGCAAGUACCACAUCUAUCUGCUGAAUAGCGGACGGAUCAACAUUUGUGGAAUCACUUCUGCCAAUGUGGAUUACGUUGCCAAGGCAAUUUAUGAUGCUGUCACUACAUGUAAUGCUUGAAAAUCAUAUCGUCGUUUAGCCUUUAGAGACAUCGACAAUUAUCGUUUUCUGGGUUUGGGUGUGGACUUCAAUGCCACUUAAGUCUACAUGUUCUAUGAGAAAGCUGGUUC